CAACCAUACUCUUGGACCCUGAACGUCACUUGGUUAGGUACAAGUAUACUUACUACCCGACCACCUGGGAUGCUAGGUUCAAUAGGAACCGGACGGCGUUGUUUCUCAGUGGCACACAUGAACGACAGCGGUCCAAGAGUGACAAUUCUCACUCUCAACGUGUGCUUCGGCCUAUCCGGAUCUCGCGAGGCACCACGAGCACCAGCCCAGUUUAAAUGGGAAGUUCCUUGGCUCUCGCCCAGUGGCGUACAUACGAACCGAGGUCCAUUUGAAGAGCAUGGAUGCAUGUCGAGUGGCCUGUGUUGCAUCGGGGUCGUUGAACGAGACGAUCAGCCCGUUCCUACCGGCGGCUUUCGUGACCGCCUCCCGACACCACGCAGUCCGAUAUCGAGGUAUAAGGAAUGCUGUGUCACCCUAUCUGUCACUCACUUGAUAUAUAUCUCCAUCCCACACUUCAACUUUGGUCUUUCGUUUAACAACGUCAGUUUGCGGAACCACCCGUCGAUGACGGCGCUGUAUCCGACCAAUCCCUGCUAGUGCAGUUAAGAAGUUCCAGGUACGAUCAACCACGACCGACUUGCCGGAUCUGAAGUUAGGGUCAACAUUCCACUCGCCCGCUGCGACGUUGCUUGCCUUUUUAUUAACACCAUGUUUUUAUAUAAAGAUCUUUAAUCCUUCCUGUUUGCAAUACCAUUUCGCUUUCGAGGUUCAUCAGUGCUGUUUUAGCAGUUUAGCGACCUCGAAAUAGCCAAAAAAAAACACGCGAUCAUGGCUGCUUUGCCGGUAUCUCUUCCAGUCGCCGCCUCGGCCUUGACGGCCACCGCAGCAUAUCUGAAUGCUCGAUGGCAGGUCUCUUACGAUCUCCACUUGUUGAAGUCUAUCCUGCCCACGGUAGCAAACGUGGCAUGGUGGACUCAGCGUGAUCGUGUCAACUUCUUUUACCGCCUCGAAGACCUCGCCACCUCCAAGUCCUCAGAAAACCGCGUUUUCCUUCGUUUUGAAGACAUGACUUACACAUAUGCGCAAGCCUACGACACAGUUCUCCGCUAUGCCAAUUUUCUCAAGGAUCGCCGGGGUGUGAAGAAGGGGGAGAUGGUUGCGCUUGACUUCCAGAAUACCGACACUUUUAUUUUCUUGUUGCUGGCUUUGUGGGCUAUCGGGGCUGUUCCGGCACUUAUCAACUACAACCUCACCGGUGCGGCACUCGUUCACUGCGUCAAGAGGGCGAACGCGCGGUUGAUGCUGAUCGACCCCACCGUGGCUGGAGACGUUGGGGAGGAUGUCAAGUCCGAGCUGAGCGGAACCAUGUUUGAAGUUGUGACACCACAGUUGGAGAGUCAGAUGUUGGCGUUUGAUGGUACCAGGCCUGCGGAUGAGCUGCGGAGUGGUGCGGCGGGCGAGGCAAUGGGCAUACUUAUUUAUACAAGCGGCACAACAGGCUUACCCAAGGCCGCGAUUGUUUCUUGGGCCAAGGUUGCUGUUGUUGGUGGUUUUACAUCUCGAUUGGUUGGCACGGGCAAGAAUGAUGUGUUUUACACUGCAAUGCCCCUUUACCAUUCGACGGCUAUGCUGCUGGGAUUUGCUCACACUUUGAACGUGGGCGCUACAUUUGCCAUGAGCAGGAAAUUUUCCACUAGUCACUUCUGGGACGACGUCCGAAAACACAAUGCCACGAUCAUCCAAUACGUCGGCGAAACAUGCAGAUAUCUGCUCUCGGCCCCAACAAAAUUGGAUCCCGUCACGGGCGAGAACCUCGACAAGAAGCACAAAGUCCGGGUCGCCUUUGGAAACGGUCUUCGCCCCGACGUGUGGAAUGCCUUCAAGGAGCGGUACGGCAUUGAGACGAUUGCCGAGUUCUACGGCGCCACCGAGGGAAGUUUUGCAACAUGGAACGUGAGCAGAAACGACUUCAGCAUGGGCUCCGUAGGACGGGCUGGCGCCCUAUACAACCUGCUUGUUGGCCGGUCUAUCGCCAUCGUCGAGGUUGAUCAUGAGACGGAAUUGCCACUCAGAGAUCCCAAGACUGGAUUCUGCGUGCGAACACCGGAGGGCGAGCCAGGCGAAUUGCUCUUUUGUCUCCCGGCGAAGAAUGUAGAGGCGAGGUUCCAGGGAUACUACGGCGAUGCGGGUGCCACGUCCAAGAAGAUCAUGCGCAAUGUCUUUUCGAAGGGCGAUGCUUGGUUCCGGACUGGUGAUGUGGUUCGUCGAGAUGGCGAGCACAGGAUCUACUUCAACGACCGGAUCGGCGAUACCUUCAGGUGGAAGAGUGAGAAUGUGUCGACCGCUGAGGUGGCUCAUAUCCUGGGACUUCAUCCAGGAAUCCAAGAGUCAAAUGUGUAUGGCGUAGAGAUUCCGGGACAUGAGGGCCGGGCUGGAUGCGCAGGCGUGGUUUUCAAGCCCUCGGCUUUGGGACAUGACGGUGUUCCUACCAGCGAGACGCUCAAGACGCUGGCGGAGCAUGUAAGGGCCAACCUGCCCAGAUACGCGUUGCCUCUUUUCCUCCGAGUCGCCAAGGAUGGGUCGCUCGAGAGCACCGGGACAAACAAACAGCAAAAGGUCGGCCUGCGAAACGAGGGCGUGGAUCCUAGCAAGACUGGCAAUGAUGAUAUCUUCUGGUUGAAGGGGGCAUCAUAUGAGAGGUUUGGGUCGAAUGAUUGGAGCUCGCUGCAGGGCGGCAAGGUGAAGCUUUGACGACGGGAGGGUGUUGCGAGGACGGUUUCCAGCGGGCGCUUGGAGUUUCAUUAUGGCCCUUUUUUCUUUGUUAACAUUGUUCCUCUGUCGAUCAUCAUACUUUGAUACCCGAGACUGUUGUAGAGUAAUGACCUAUUGUGUAUAUGAUGAC